CUUUGUCUUCUCUGCAUUUUUCCUUUUUAUUGAAUUGUAUGAUUGCUUAUUAUAGAAAAGUUGACACUCAGCUACUUCUAGGUUAAUUAAACUUGAUUUAAUUGCUUAGAAGAAAAGUAAAAGUAAAACAGAAAAUGAAUUAUUGAAUGGCAAGCUUAGCAAAUCUAGUCUUGCUCAACUAUUGUAUUUCUUUCUUUUUAAAUUUUUUUAUAGUUGACCUUCUUGUAGCCAUUUCUUAACUUGAAGCCAAUAUAACUCAUGAGUUUGGCCAGCUGCUCAUUUGAAUGGACAACAAGGUAUGUGCACCUUACUGUGUAAGUCUUAGAACACUCAAGAUCAAAGAAGAUGAAAUAUAGAAGAGAGACAAGAUUUGAUCUUGUGUACACACAUCCACUACUAGGAAAACGUCUCACCAUGAAGAGCUUAUAUUAGACCUUGACGAGCUUAUAUAAAUAAUAACUUCAUCACCAUAUUGUUAAUGUUACCAUAUACAAUUUAAGAGUCAGAUUGGCUGUACAUAUACUUUGUACAUAUACGAAAAGAUUGACAGAUUGACUUACCAUGUAUAUGUUAAUGUUACCAUAUACAAUUUAGGAAUCGUUAGACUCCAUGUAUAGGAUAUACGUCUGUAUAUAGAUGGAUGUAGAGGAUAAUAAAAAGGAGAAGAGUUCUCGGUUUCUGCGGGGUUUUUCUGAGUAUUUUGACAUGGUAUCAGAGCAAGGUUUCGGCACCUUCUGAGUGGAGUUUGUGCUUCUUGGAGGUUUUGGCACUUCCUGUUGGUGCAUUUGUGGUUUUAUUUUUUUGGUGAUUGCUAUGGGUGUUUUUCUGGGUUUCGAUCCCUUCAGUAGCUGCGUUUGAGGGGUGUAUCUCGGCAACUGUUGGCUCAUUGAUGAUACGCAUCAUGUUGAGGCACAGUAACUCCCGCAUCCUUGGUGGCUUGAUUUUCAGUAGCUGUUGGCUUAUUGAUGAUACGCAUCACUUGAGGCAGGCACUAUAACAACAACGUUCUUCACAGUUGAACCGAUCUUCUACCAAUCAAACGCUUGGCAUCGAAAACAGUGUUGAUCGGGUUCAUCGUGACCUAGUUCUUGGCCACUUUUGUUCCAAUUUUCUAGUGGGUUAUUUCCUUUGUCUCUCGGUUGCAUCAUGUCAUCAGAUAAGUUGGAAUCGUUUCCUAUUAGAUUUAUUGGCAAAAAUUAUUGUGCUUGGGAGUUUCAAUUUAAAUUAUUUGUCAAGGGAAAAGAAUUAUAGGGACAUAUUGAUGGGAAUAAUCCCGCACCUCGUGAUGCCGAGGCUUUGUCUAAGUGGGAAAUUAAGGAUGCUUAGGUUAUGACCUGGAUCCUUAGCUCGGUUGAACCUCACCUUGUUCUCAAUCUGAGGCCUUAUAAAACUGUUGCUGCCAUGUGGAAUUAUCUCCACACGGUUUACAAUCAAGACAACUCUGCUAGGCAUUUUCAAUUGAAGUAUGAGAUGACUAAUUUCACACAAGGAAGUCUUUCAAUUGAGGAAUAUUUUUCUCUUUGGAUUGAUUAUUUCGACAUUGUUUAUGCUAAUGUUCCCGCUGCAGCUCUCUCUGCUGUCUAAGCAGUGCAUGGAACCAGCAAGCGGUAUCAAUUCUUGAUGAAGCUACGACCCGACUUUGAAAUUGCAUUGUCUAAUAUGAUGAAUCAUCAUCUUGUACCAUCUUUGGAUGCUUGUUAGAGUGAACUUCUGCGUGAGGAGUAGCGUAUCGUAACUCAAGCUACCAUGGACCAUCGGGCUAAUGUUAGUGCACCUGUUUCUGUGGCUUAUGCAGCACAUGGGCGGAAUAAGGGUCGAGACAUGCAUGUUGUUCAGUGCUUUAGUUGUAAAGAUUUUGGUCACAUUGUUCAGGAUUGUCCCAAGAAGUUCAGUAACUACUACAAGAAACAAGGUCAUAUCAUCUCUGCUUGUCCCAUUCGGCCUAAAAGGAAGCAGGGUACUGCUUAUCAUGCUUCCACUGGUGCCUCUAGUUCUGCUGCAUUGCCUGCUGUCUCGUCGAUUGUUCCUAUUUAUGCUCCUACAGCCUUAGCAAACCUGAACACACUUACUCCUAAAAUGGAUCAAGUGUCCAGGAAGAUGAUUGCGAAGGGGCCUAAGGUCUUGCGCUCUGAUUCUGGAAAAGAAUGCAUGUCUAAUGAGUUUUAAGACUUUCUUCAAAGUAAAGGGAUCAUCUCUCAGCGUUCUUGUUCUUCGACACCACAAAAAAACGGUGUCACUGAGAGAAAAAAUCGCCACCUUCUUGAUGUGGUAAGAACUCUUUUACUUGACUCAUCGAUUCCUCCUCGUUUUUGGUGUGAAACACUUUUUACUGCAAUUCAUUUGGUCAAUCACUUACCUUCUCCUAUGUUAAAUCAUGUUUCUCCUUUCUCUAAGUUGUUUGAUCAUUCUCCUUUAUAUUCUGAUCUUCGUACAUUUGGUUGUGUUUGUUUUGUGCAUCUACCUACUCAGGAACGACAUAAACUUACUGCUCAGUCUGUUAAGUGUGCUUUUCUUGGUUAUGCUAUCCCUCACAAGGGUUAUGUUUGUUAUGAUCCUCAUGCUCGUCGUAUACAAGUUUCCCGGAAUGUGAUUUUCUUUGAAAAUCGAUAUUUCUUUCCAUCUCAUGUUGAGCUGUCAUCUGUAUCUGUAUCUCUUUUGCCUAGUUUUUCUGAAUCCCCAACAAUUGUGGAAAAGUUCAAACCUGGUUUUGUGUAUGAAAGACGCAGUCGACAUGAGUCCAGUUCCACUUCAUCUGUGCCCCCUUCCGAUCUUGACCCAUCGCCUGAUCCUGCUCCUGCUUCCACCACUCUUUGUCGGUCUACUCGUCUUUCUCGACCCCUUGAUUGGUAUGGAUUUUUCUCUCCUGUCUCUCUUGUUGCUACUUCAUCCACUAUUUCUAUUCCUUCUUGCUACAAACAGGCCAUGGAACAUGAGUGUUGGCAAAAUGCAAUGCAAGCAGAGCUUCAAGCACUUGAGGAGAAUCAUACUUGGGAUAUUUUUCCUUGUCCUCCUACAGUCAAACCUAUUGGGAGUAAAUGGGUUUUCUCUGUAAAACUUCGUUCUGAUGGCUCUUUGGACCGAUACAAAGCUCGCCUCGUAGCUCUGGGUAACAAGCAGAAAUAUGGGGUUGAUUAUGAGGAGACAUUUGCUCCUGUUGCCAAAAUGACCAUGGUUCGAACCAUCUUAGCUAUUGCCGCUUCACAGUCAUGGCAACUGCAUUAGAUGGAUGUGAAGAAUGCUUUUCUUCAUGGUGAUCUCCAGGAAGAGAUUUACAUGAAGCUUCUCUCUAGUAUGACUAAUUCUCCUCCUCAUGAUGUCUGUAAGUUAAAACAUUCUUUGUAUGGGCUCAAGCAGGUGCUCCGGGCUUGGUUUGAGAAGUUUUGCAGUACAAUUCUUUCCUUCAGUUUUACCCAAAGUUAGUAUGAUUCUUCCCUCUUCUUUCACACGUCUGCGUUGGGUAUAGUCCUUCUCUUGGUUUAUGUGGAUGAUAUUAUCAUUACUGGCACUGACUGUGGUUUGAUUACUAAGCUUCAGAGGCUGUUACAUACAACUUUCCAUAUGAAAGAUCUUGGACAGCUCAUAUACUUCUUAGGAUUGGAAGUUCAUCAUCGAGCUAGUGGUAUUUUCGUGAACCAACACAAGUAUAUUCAAGAUCUUAUCACUUUGGCUAGUUUGGAGGACACUUCUUUUGUUGAUACUCCUAUGGAGGUAAAUGUCAAAUGCAGGAAAGAUGAAGGGGACCUUCUGGAUGAUCCUACUCUCUAUCGGCGCCUAGUUGGGAGUCUUAUCUACUUGACCACUACUCGACCUGAUAUCUCCUAUGUUGUUCAUUAGGUCAGUCAGUUUAUGACUUCUCCUUGGCAUCUCCAUCUUGCUGCAGUUCGACGCAUCAUCCGCUAUCUUCGAGGUUCACCUACUUAUGGGUUGUUCUUUCCUACCGACUUCUCUCUUCAACUUGUUGCCUAUAGUGAUGUUGAUUGGGUUGGGUGUCCAGAUACAUGUCGAUCUACUACGGGUUGAUGUAUGUUUUUAGGUGAUGCCUUAAUUUCUUGGAGAUGUAAGAAACAAGAUCAUGUUUCUAAAUCCUCUACUGAGGCCGAGUAUCGUGCCAUGUCUACUGCUUGUUCUGAAAUUGUAUGGCUACGCGGUCUUCUUGAGGAGCUUGGGUUUCCUCAGACUACUUCUACACCUCUUCAUGCUGAUAACACUUGUGCUAUUCAGAUUGUCACCAAUCCCGUUUUUCAUGAACGUACCAAGCACAUUAAGGUUGAUUGUCAUUCUAUUCGAGACACCUUGGAAAGUCGGGUGAUAUCUCUUCCUCACAUCUCUUCUAAUCUCCAAGUGGCUGAUAUCUUCACCAAAGCUUUGACUCAACAGCGGUAUCAAUUUCUUGUUAGCAAAUUGUUGCUGGUUGACUUACCAACGUCAAUUUGAGGGGGGAUGUUAAUGUUACCAUAUACAAUUUAGGAAUCAGAUUGGUUGUACAUAUACUUUGUACAUAUACGAAAAGAUUGACAAAUUGGCUUACCAUGUAUAUGUUAAUGUUACCAUAUACAAUUUAGGAAUCAGUUGGACUCCAUGUAUAGAAUAUACGUCUAUAUAUAGAUGGAUGCAGAGAAUAAUAAAAAGGAGAAGAGUUCUCGGUUUCUGUGGGAUUUUUUUGAGUAUUUUGAUACAUAUUGCAACUGUUUCAUUUUCCUCUUUCUUUUGGGAGAUGUAGGAGAGGAUUAGCCCUUUUUAAAGACUCUUGAUGUUGAUUCCCAUUUGAAUCAGGAAAACAUCAAUAGCAAGAUGCUUUGACUACUAGUCUUGUCAAACUCAUUGACAAGGAGUUUAAAUAAUAAUAUAUAAUUAGAAAACUAGAUCUAACAUUUAGUGAAUUUUCCUGUUAGGAAAAACACCCACAGUUCACUUCAAUUCCUGUUCCAGUUUAGCUUAUAGACAAGGAUUAUGCAUCCUGUCAGUCAAAACUCUCAUCUCAAAGAGCUUGUAAAUGAUACUUCAUCAGCUCUUCCAUAUGGAAAGUGUGUUUUUUAUUUUUUAUUUUUAGAGGGGUGUGGAAGAUAGAAGCCACCUUUUUAAAGGCUUUUGAUGUUGAAACUCCUAUUCCAAUCAGGAAAAUCAUUAACAAGACUGUUCUUUAGCCGUUAGACUUGUUAAGCUCAUUGCCAAGGACUAAAUAAGAGCCAAACCUAUUCUAAUUCAUAAGGUAAGGUCUAAUAAAAAAAUAAAUCUAACCCAUUUAGUAACUUUCCUCUUAGGAAAAGACCAACAGUUCAAAAAGCGCUCAAUUUCCUUGUUCAGACAUGAUCAUCGAGAAUAAUCAAACUAUAAAAAACCUCAUGUAAUUAAAAAAAUCCAAUUAUGAAACCAAAUCCUAAGCUGUUUGUUUCAUUCAAUGUUGCAGUAAAGAUGUUUUCCCCUUUGCUUCGUGAUUUUCUGUUUUUUGGCCCUUAUUUCCAUUUGUUUUUUCAAAGGGUUGCACACACUAAACAUGUUAUAUACAUCAUUUCUGAUUUUUCUACUUUUAAAAUACAAAGCAUAUUAUUACAUCCAAAUGGACCCAAAAUCAUCCAUUACUAACUCUAAAUCAACAUUCAUUGGAACACGCCACCUCAAUACCAUCUUCACAAAAUUCAUCCACUGUCAGGCCAUUGCUCUGUUAACUCAACUUUUUGAAGCAUCAGCCACUAUUAAUGCAAGUGAAUCAUGUAGUCAUCUUCAAUAUUAACAACAAACAGCAUAAAUGUUCCUAUGCUGGUGUCAUGUACUUAAGUCAUUUAGAAGGCAGUAGAUGUGUGAGUUCAAGUAAAAGGCCUCCUCAUCUCUUCUUGAAUUCAAAGUCUGAGCUGCCUAAAGUAAUUUUUCAUCAUAUAAACAUUAUUUAUUGCCAUCUUUUCACUUUUCAGCCUCUAUAAUUUUAUAGUAAUUCUUUGUUUGUCAUGUAUAUACUUGUAGCGCUUUCCAAGCCUUAGUUUGUGGUUUCUUUCCAGAAUGGAAUUGAUUUACUAUUUGU